AUGCAUCUCCCAUUACCCCUCCUCACCCCACUCAACACCCCUCCUACCAAAGCCAACUGCCAAAAUGCCAGCGGAGUGUUCCACGGUGGCGAGGAAACCGAAGUGCUUCAUCAGCAAAGAGCAACCAUGGCCGCCGUCGCUCAGAAGUCCGCCUUCCUCGCAGCACCUGCUCUCUCCUCCAUGGAGCAGGCACGCUCCGUGUCCACGAUGGUCUCGCUCCCAGCGAUCCAGGCCAAGCAGCAGCGUCGGUCACUCGUCGCUGUCGCGGCUUUGACCGCUCGCGACCUGCAGGCCAGGUCAUUGGAGCAGCUGCGCGCCAUGGCCCGCCAAAGGGGUAUCGUCGGCAACAACAAGGAACAGAUCAUCGCCGCUCUCACUGGCGGUGCCUCCGCAGCCAAGCCCGCGUCGUCAUACAGCCGCGCUGCAGCGGCCGUGUCGAGCGACGAGGCCCUCCUGCAGAGCAAGUCUCUGGGUGAGCUGCGCGCGCUCGCCUCCGCCAAGGGUCUCCGCGGCGACACCAAGGCGGAGAUCAUCAAGCUGCUCCUGAGCGUCGGCGGUGUCACUCCCGCCCCCGCCCCUCCCGCGAUGUCCUUCUCCGCGGAGGCGCUCGCGCCGGUGGUCCCCAACACCCAGUCUAUCUCCGACUACCAGCGCCGCCUCCAGACCAAGCCCAUGUCCAAGCUGCGCGCCGUUGCGCGUAUGCGCGGAGUCGUGGGGACCACCCGCGCGGAGCUGGUUGCGGGGCUGCUCGCGUACCACUCCAAGGCCGGCGUUGCUGGCGCUCCCGCGGCCGCGGUGCAGGCGGCGGCGCAGGACAAGCCCGAGAUUGUGGGGCAGCUAGAGAGCCUCCCCUUGAGCGAGCUGCGCGCCCUUGCUAAGGCGCGGGGAGUGCGUGGAGACACCCGCGCGGAGCUCAUCAAGCUCCUGACUGGCUCCGCCGCCCCCAAGGCUGCUGCGCCCGCCGCCCCCGCCUACACCAACGGCAGCGCUGUGAGCUCGUCGUCGUCGUACACCCCGUCGUACUCCGCUCCCGCGUCCUCCUCCGCGCCGUCCCUCCCCAGCGCGAGUGUCCUCGCUACGAAGUCGCUUGCGCAGCUGCGUGCGAUUGCCGCCCAAAGGGGUAUCCGCGGUAACACCAAGCAGGAGCUGGUGAAGGCUCUGUCCUCGUAA